AUCGGUUCUUCGGAUCCCGGAGUAGUCACCCACUUGGUGAUAAAUGGCAUUCCGGAGCGAGGGGACCUAAUCAGCCCAGCACAAUACUUUGCUUUCUCUUUUAUUAUCUUCGCGACACCGAUUGUCAAACGACAACUCGUCGCCCUCGAAAUGUACAGCGGCUCGACUCCGAGGCUGCAACUAGCACGAAUUAAACGUCAUGAACAAUGACGAUCGGACACCUGAACUCGCACGCGCUCAAUGCAUCUCUCUUCUUGCUGUCGCCACGGAUUAUGAUAAUGCUCGUUUCCUCACCGGCUUCACGGCAACACCGAGGGAUCGGCAAACGGAUUCAGAGGGGAUAACCAGGAGAGUCACGGGAGGGUGGAUUUCCCGGCACACGAGACUGCCGAAAAACAGGGGUGGCACCACGGGUCCACUCCUGAAAGGGAGAACCGGCGUGUCUCAGCACGAGAAGGACGUGACACAUGCUGAACCUACGGCACAGGACAUGGAGGAGAAAGAACGAACGAGUGUCCCUGGGAAGCGCGUCGCAAACGAAGAGAGAUUGCAUUGCAGUAGUGUAUCGAGUAAUUUGUGGAAUGUAUCUUAGGAAUGAUUGGACGCGAGGGUGCGCUUCAUUGGAAAAAUAUUUUAUCUGUGGCAUCCAGUGAUAGUUAUCCCUCAUUUUCGUACUAUCUCUCGAACAGUGAAGGUAACGUACAAAUGUUUUUCUCACCAAUUUAAAGAUUGACAAACGUACAAUUCGCUCAAUAUUUGAAAUUAUUUCAUAAAUUUCAAUUUCCUCCAAUUCUCACGCAACUUUGUUAUUUAAAAGUGUUCCCUCGUGCGCGUUCGUGCCGCCGUGAGUGCUGUCAAAAGAGAAGGACUCAUCAUUCAACCUAAUAGAGCUUCUCCCCUCAUAUAAUCACACAAUCAUGCGAUGAUAUGGGGCUGCAAAACUUGAAAUUUUUCCUUCUCGAAAAUGAUUAUUGGUUCUCGAGUUCCAAUGCGAUGACUGUUACGUCACUGCAAUCCGGCGUAAAACAGAAAGAGACGGAUGAGAGA